CACUCUUUAACAAAGUCGAUGAUUGACGGUAUAAAUAAAACAAAUAAAUAAAACGACGUGGAAAUAGACGGUUAGACAGCUUCUUGAAUUUCUUAAACUCAAAUUGAAGAACCGCGCACCUCUUGCCGUCGAAGGACGCAGCAUGUCCGCUGUGGAGGCCGAGGUGCUAAGGAAAGUGUCUGAGAAAAUCGAUCUGAUUGAGCCCACCACCGGAAAAUUGUUUUUCGAGCAUAAAGCAGAGCUGGUCUUCUGCCGGCCGCACCUGAUGCCGCUGAAGACGCAGGCGCUGGAACGUCUUGAGGAAAUGCAUCGCGAAACUGCGCGCCAACUGCAAAAAAAACGCAGCACCAGCAGCAGCCACAAAAAAGUCAGCGAGCCCGCAGGCUCGCAAUGAAUUAGUCACCAG